CAAGCCUUAGCCUCUUUCUCUUCUCUUGUUUUUCAUCCAUGAGUGAGAUACUAGCCAAUAGCAAGGAGGAGAAUUCUCCUCAAGAGCAGCAGCAACGCUCAAAAGCAAACAACAUGCCUAGGGCUAACCUUAACGUGCUCCCUCCACACCCCUGGUUCCCCGUCAAUAGCAAGGAUGAUAGUGAUAUUGGACUUGAAAGUGAUGGAUAUUUUGAAGAACAAGAUUCUGAAGACAAAAAGGAAGAAGAGGAGAUCAGGCAAUUGGAAUUUCAAGUCGCUUUAACUCAAGAACUAGCCAAUAUGAUGAUUCGGUUUAUCUCGCAACGCAACCAAAUCUACUAUUUACCCUUUAUAAGAUUAAUAUUUGAUACAUCGAUGAUUUCGACUACUAGUGAACUAAAUGAUAACACAUCAUCAAAAAAUAAAUUUAAAAUUUUUGAUAACAUAUUAUUAUCCGGUUCACUAGUGAGUAAUUAAAUAUUAAUCCUGAUUGUAAAUCUUAAUUUAGUUUCAAGUUCUAACUAUAUAUUUGUUUCCUUUUUCUUUUGGCUCCUUAUUUUUGCCAUUUGUUACACCUCUCAACAGUAA